AUGGCAGAGAGUCUAGAGGAGGAAAGGUCAGGGGUGGUAGUAGAAGAGCCUGGGGCCCAACAGGAAGCAGGCGGUGUGACUUCCUACGAGGAUCCUUCCUUGCAGUAUGACUUGUUGGAUGAACUUGGCAAAGGCUCAUAUGGAGCAGUGUACAAGGCCCGGAGCCUGAGGACCAACGAGUUGGUUGCAAUCAAAGUGAUAUCUUUGUCUGAGGCGGAAGAAGGGUAUGAGGAGAUCCGGGGGGAGAUUGAGAUGCUGCAGCAGUGCAAUCAUCCCAAUGUGGUGCGCUACCUGGGCAGCCACCAAGGGGAGGAUUACCUCUGGAUUGUGAUGGAGUACUGCGGCGGCGGAAGUGUCGCAGACCUCAUGCACCUGUCAGACGAGCCGCUUGAGGAGGCGCAGAUUGCCUACAUCUGCCGAGAGUCCUUGAAGGGGCUGGCGUACUUACACAGCAUCUUCAAGGUGCACCGCGACAUCAAGGGGGGGAACAUUCUGCUGACGGACAAAGGGGAGGUGAAGCUGGGGGACUUUGGCGUGGCCGCGCAGCUCACGCGCACCAUGUCCAAGCGCAACACGUUCAUUGGAACUCCCCACUGGAUGGCUCCUGAGGUGAUCCAAGAAAGCCGAUACGACGGCAAGGUUGACGUGUGGGCGUUGGGUAUAUCGGCGAUCGAGAUGGCAGAGGGCCUCCCACCGAGGUCCAACAUUCAUCCAAUGAGGGUGAUCUUCAUGAUCUCUCGCGAGCCCGCCCCGAUGCUGGAGGACAAGGAGAAGUGGUCGCUGCUCUUCCACGACUGGGUGGCCAAGUGCCUCGCAAAGGACCCCCGCGUGCGCCCCACUGCGCAGGCGCUUCUGCAGCACAAGUUCAUCGAGAAGAGCAAGGCAGGCGCGUCGGUGUUGCUCCCCUUGAUCGAGCGCUGCAAGAUCCUCAAAGCGCAGCUGCUAGAACAGCAGCGGAAGGAGGAGGAAGCGGGGGCCUCCACCUCCGUCGGCGAGUGGUCCUGGGGCAGGGGCAGCACGGUGCGAGUUGGGGGGGGCACGGUCGUCGUGCGCUCGGACCAGGAGACGCUGCCAGCUGGCGGGGGCGCUGCGCUUGCGUCAGCAAUGGCUGCGGGAAAGGCAGGCUCAGGCGAGUUUGGCACGUUCGUGGUCAAGGACGGGGAUGGCACUGGGACCGUCAAAUCGAAGGUGCGGUUGCAAGCAGACGGAGCACCCAGCGAUGACAGAGUUUCGGGGGCCCUUCCUUCCCCCCUGCGGCCAUCCCAGCUCCCCUCAUUCAAUGCCUCGGGGCGACCCCUUCCGGGCUUCUCCCUCCGGACAACGUCGCCCGGGGUAACUUCCCCCGGGUACUUCUCCCCCAGCUGGCGGGGGAAGAUCAGCCCGGCAGAGACCUUCACCGGGGGCACGUCUCCCGAGAGCAACGCGGGGCGGCAGCCGGCCCUUCCCGACAAGCUGUUGUCAAUCUAUGCCGCCGGUAACACCGUCCCCAUUCCCUUCCUCCGCGCCACCGACGUGGCUCCCCUCGCCCUCUUGGAACGGCCCGCCGACCCGCUGACGUCAUCCCAGACGUCAGACGCCGCAUUGCUCGAGGUCCUCCAGGAGCUGUACAGCGGUUCAGCCACCGGGGAGGGGGGGUUGCGGAAGCAGCGGAAGAAGGGGGGGGAAGAGUUGGCGCUCCCAGCGGGGGUGUACAAAUUGCUGGCGUCGAGCGGGACUCUCCCUAAUCUAGUUCGGGCGCUCGCGUAUCAUAAGCAGAGAUUGGAGGAGACCCCUCUGCAGCCUUGGCAAGCGGCUGACCAGCAGCGAGUGGUGGACAAUCUGAGCGAUACCCUGCGGACAAUCCUACGGCUCUGAUUCGACGAGAUGUUCUUAGAUAGACAGGUCCUGGCCUCUUAGAGAAGGUCUUUCUGAGAGCUCGUUUGUGAGUGAGAGGUUCACAUAUAGGCGAGUGUGUUUUCGCGGGAAAUAUGAAUCGGCUUCGUGGGCUGAGCCACGGGGUUUUAGCAGGCAAGUUGCGUCGGUGUUCGCGAGUCAGGACGUUGAAGCUUGGUUCAAAUAGUCGGUCAUUGCCAUGCAGCAGAUUUACUCAGCCAUUAGUUAUAACGCUCCGCUUUAGGUAAAGAAACAUCCUAAUCUGUACAACCUGUGCCAGUGUCACCCGAUUGUUGGCCGACUUGGAUCGACCAAGCAAUAUAAGUCCACCGUUACAGCGUCAAAG